AGCCUCUGAGCGCCGCCGCCGGUCUCCCAGUUCUCCUGAGCGCCGGACCCAUGGCCGCAUCUGUCCGCGCGGCGCUCCUUCUUGGCGUCCUGGCUCAGCUCCCGCCCCACUUUCUUUGGGCGUCGCCGGCCGGGACUCACUCCCUUUGCUAUGACUUCACCAUCAAUUCUAAGGCAGCACCUGGACAGCAAUGGUGUAUGAUCCAAGGCCAGGUGGACCACAAGAAUUUUCUCUCCUAUGACUGUGGCCUGGACAAGAUCAAAUCCUUGAGUGCCCUGGGAGGGAAAAUUAGUGCCACAAUCACCUGGGAAGAACAAAAAGCCACACUGAGAGAUAUGGGGGAUAUGCUAAAACAGAAACUGGAUGACACUAAAGCAGAAAAUGACAUGGCCAAAGGUCUUCACACUCUGGAGGGCAGGAUGUGUUGUAGGCUUAAAUCCAGUGGAUGCACCAGCGGCUCCUGGCAGUUUGGCUUCAAUGGCCGGAUGCGGCUUCGCUUUGACUCAGACAACAAAAGGUGGACAGUGGUUCAUCCUGGGUCCAACUGGAUGAAAGAAAAGUGGGAAGAUGACAGAGAAAUGACCAAGUUCUUACACAAGACCUCAAUGGGUGACUGUAGAACCUGGCUUCAGAACUUGAAGGAAUGGGAGGCAGAGCUGGAGCCAACAGGACCUUCAAUCACCAACCCAGACAGAGUCUUCCAGGAGUCCGCAGCCAUCGCACUGAUUCCCUGGGCCCUGCUCUGGAUCCUCACCUACUUUAUCCACCUAGGCCUCCAGAUCUUCCUGACAGGUUGAAGAUGCUCCCAAGAAGCUUCUGGAAAUGUGAUUCAGUUAAAUAACUGUCCUUACUGGUCUUCUGCCAGUCUACUACCUGCUCUUCCUCCAUAGAGCAGAUGAAGAUUGAAGUACAAACCCACAGGCCUCCAGCAUGUCAGACUUUCUCAUGUGGCCUAGAGCUCCUCUGCUUAUUCAGAUCUAGUGAGAUUGAGAAGAACGUUGUGAAUGUCCCUUCUAGGCACACCACGAGCCAUAAUCAACUUCUGCAAGAGUCGGACUGUUCUGAUUGCUGCUUUCACUUUCCCAUCCAUUAUAGCAGCCACACAUACCUUUCCUUUGCCACCCACUGGCCCCUGCUACCCCAGGAUCUGAUGACCCCCAUGAAGAUAUUGUGACUUCAGCUUCAACUUUGAGCCCCUUAUUCUGUUUUGUGAUAGUCCAGUUCUGCACUCUUUGUUAAUACAUUAGGCCAAGUCCUUUGCUAACCUAUGGAAUUGUACACUUAGCCUCUGGCUGCUGGAACAGGAAAUCUCAACAAGGUGUUUCCAUCCUGGUCCUGGGUAAUCAAAUACAUCUCUACACUUUGUGUAGACCUUUGUAUAGACUGGAUCUGGAAUGUCCCCCAAAGAUCUGUGUGAUCUAUGUGUUGACUCUGGUGCUAUUGAGAGGUGAGGAAAACUUUAGGAGGUGAGGAGUUGGGUCACUCUUUGAAGGGCUCUUUAUGUCCUAGGCCCCUUCCUCCCUCUCUCCCUCUCUUUUAAAAAAGAAUAAAUUACUUAUUAUUGCUAC